GUCAAAAAUACCAUGUGCGAUUCUGAAAGGCCAACAAAACCUAAAAAUUAAUUAAUGUGCUAGGUUCCAAGGUAUUCUUUAACAUGGAUUACGUUGUUGGUGGUGUAGCAGCAUUGAUAUCAGGGAACGUUACUCCGAACCGGCCGAAGCUUGUAAGGAGGGCUUUAACCCCCACUAAACACCAGCCAUCUCCGAACGUUACUCCCAAAAGUGAAGUUAUAGACGAUCGUUCAAUAUUUCUCUCGCCUUCGGUUCAGAAGAAGAAAGCUAUAGUCAAGAAGUCACCUAAGAGAAUAUUUCAAAACCCCGACUUGGAUGUGACUGGUGAUGGAGAGAAUACAUCUAGCCCCAAAGCUGAUAAGGUUAAAAAACACUUACAAGAAGAUUUAGAGGGCGAAAACAAUCCAAACGUUAGUUUUAAAAAUAAAUCACCUAAAAAUAAACUACAAAAAAUUGAUAUUAAAAAUAAUCAGUCAGAAGAAACAGAAAGUCCGCAGAGUGCUAAUGAAAACACUCCAAAAAAGAAAAAGAAAAGAAACAGUACGACAGAAGAUCGAGACUCAGAAAAAAACAUUCUUACGAAGAAAACUGAGGAAAUUGAUGGUAAACUUGGCGGUGAACAGAAAACUGUCACAACAAAAAAGGGUAAGAAAAAAGUUGCAUCUAAUGUUUCGGUUAAUAACAAUAAUGAUUUAGAAUUAUCAGAAAAUGUGAAUAUUCAAAGCCCCAAGAAGAAAAAGAAAAAGAAAAGAUCUGAAUCUGGCAGCAAUCAGGUAAAAUCAAAAACAGAAAUCCAAGAAGAAUCUACAAUUUCUGUAACCAGUGACAAAAAAAAUAAGAAAUCUAAAAAGAAACAGCAUAAAAAGGACACUUUUGUCAAUCCUAAUGCGAUCACCAAUGAAGACACUGAUUCUGAACACGAGUCAGACAAUGAGAUUCUUUCAGAGAAUGAAGAAGCUAAUAAGGAAAUUCUUAAAAAUGUAUCUUCUGAGGAAAGUUCUGAUGAGGAGGAGCCUAAACCUAAAGAGAAGAAAAUUGAACAAAAAGAGAAGAGUUAUGAAGAAAGAAAUCAAGAGGAAGUAAAACGGACACUGUUUGUGGGAAAUGUACCAUUUAGUAAGAAUUGCAAGAAAGUAAUCAAAAGACUUUUUAGUAAAUAUGGAGCUAUUGAAACUGUACGGAUUCGCACAGUACCAGUUAAGGAUGCACGAGUUACACCCAAGUUAGCUGUCAUAAAGAAUGAGAUUCAUCCUGAACGCACCACUGUCAAUUUAUAUGUAAAGUUUCAAGAUGAAUCUUCUGUUCAUAAGGCACUAGCAGAAAACAACACAGUUAUAGAUGGUUGUCACUUAAGAGUGUCUCGUAGUGACUCAACAGGAGCAGAACACGAUCCACGUAACGCUGUAUUUGUUGGUAAUAUACCAUUUGCAUUGGAAGACGAAGCGCUAAGAGAGAGAUUUGAGAAGUGUGGAGAGAUUGUCUCAGUUAGAAUCAUUCGUGAUAAGAAAACAAAUGCUGGAAAAGGGUUUGGUUAUGUUAAUUUUGCCUCAAAGGAUGGAGUAGAACUAGCCUUGGGUCUGUCCGAUGAAGAUCUUAUAAUAAAGAACAAGGUAUUACGAGUAAAACGCUGCACUCAGUCAACCCAUAAAAAGAAGCAACAAUCUGGGAAGAAUUUGAAUGUCAAAAACCAAGGUCAUAACAUGCAGGGCACGAAUCAGAAUAAGUUUGGUGGGAGAGGUCCUAAGCAGUGGGAACAGAAGGACGGGAUGAGUGAAGGAGCUCAAAGAAGGAUAAUGAAAAAAAGGAAGAGUCAGGAGAUUGGCGACGGGCCAAGCGAGAAGAAGAUGAAACACAUUGAUCAACCGCAGAAGGAGAAGAAGACGAGGAAAGAGUUUGUUGGAAUGACUGCUGAGAAAAAGAAGAAGCACACAUACAACAAGGGGCAGAAGAAAAAGAAAGUUCUCAGUGAGAUUCUGACGAAACACGGUUAGUCAUAUAAAUAAUAAUAAAUUAUGUUAUUUUACAAUCUGUUUAAUCUAUAUGCGUGAUAAGUUUUGUUGAAUCAUUCGUUUUUAAGUUCUCGUUUGGAUUUUACUCGAACUGUGAUUUGUAAAUCGUGAAAAAUAAAGGU